ACUUUGCCAAGCCAAAUACAGGGCGAUCUCUUCCGGAGAACAGCCCAACAGGCUAAGGGUGUUGGAAAGCCCGACCCUGAAGCUGUAGGGUGUUUCCCGUCACAGAACUGAGCGUCGGAGAGAUGGACACGCAAGCGAUUCCUGACCUCCGAAUCGAGAAAUGGCCGCUUCCCGACAGACCUCCCGCGAUCAGAGCCCCGGAAAAAAUACCCUCGCGACAAGGAGACCCCCAGAGCUUAAUACUCCAACCAAAGCAUCGAGCAAACAUCUGGGUCUCGNCCUCUCUUUCACCCCUGAAGUCCAUACCCUCUGUUACCACCGAGGGCAUCGUUAAAUUUCUCAUUAGCAAGGACGGGACAGGCAGGACCGUUGUGCACACACGGGCGUGUGAUAGGAAAGUUUGUGAAUGUCGGCGUCGAUUGACGGCCGUUUCGGUAGACUCCCCCAUCAGGAAAUUGCGCGCUAUUUAUAAAAUUUACGCCGUUGCGCUUAUUCUAACCCAGUCUCACACUUGUUAAUAAAGGAGUAUUUAAAAUUGGUUAGACAGGAACAGGCUAAUUUAGAAAUGGUGGCACAACAGUUGGGGCCAGUGCCAUAACAUACUCCAUUAGGUUAAGCUUACAGGACGCUUGAGAUACGUGCGCAUAGUUCCUGGCUAUGUCGCUACUUUGCCAAGCCAAAUACAGGGCGAUCUCUUCUGGAGAACAGCCCAACAGGCUAAGGGUGUUGGAAAGCCCGACCCUGAAGCUGUAGGGUGUUUCCCGUCACAGAACUGAGCGUCGGAGAGAUGGACACGCAAGCGAUUCCUGACCUCCGAAUCGAGAAAUGGCCGCUUCCCGACAGACCUCCCGCGAUCAGAGCCCCGGAAAAAAUACCCUCGGGACAAGGAGACCCCCAGAGCUUAAUACUCCAACCAAAGCAUCGAGCAAACAUCUGGGUCUCGAAAAGGGACGAGGAUGAACUCACGGGGGGCGCCCUUGCAAACUGUAUUCGUAAGGGACAGCCAAAUCAAAAAGCCUUCCCGAUCCCUUAG